AUGGAUCAGCAACUACAGGAUGCCCCCCCUGCCAUUGGAGGAUUCGUUAUACCACUUGGUGUGAAUGUCGAAGACAGUUUUGCUUUCUGUGGUAUCCAUGUUAUCAAAAAGCUGGGAAGUGACGGCUAUGAGCGAGUUGGCCAUAAAGAUGAUACUUUGCGAGAGCCAAGCAUGGAGACUCUGGAGAGCACUUCCAGAGCCUACGCUCAUCGUAUAAAAGGGCUGCUGGAAGGUUUGCAGGUCUCAGAGAUUGUCUUAGUGUAG